AUGGCAACAGCCGCAGCCGGCUCCCCCAUAACACUCAUGUUCGGCGGCAACGGGCACAGCCGGGGUAAUUUCGGCGGCGUGGAGAAGGGCGAUCCGGGGCGCGUUUCUGUUUAUUGGGCUGUCAGCAAGGAGAAGGAAAUUGUAGAUGUGAAGGAAUUCACGAAAGAGAAUCUUGUGCAAGACAAUGGCUUUAGCGAGGAGAGCUUUGCGUACCCGGCGGAUCUGAAGGUCACGGCGCCGCCGGCGCUGCAAGAUAAGGGAAAUUGGCAGACGGUGCAUUUGCCAGAGUGUAUGGAGAAGGGUCGGCAUAUGAUGGUAUGGGUGUGGAAUUUUGACGGUGCGAACAAAUACAGUACGUGUUUCGAUGUCAUGAUUGAAUGA